AAGGUGCGCGGCCGCUGCUGCCGCCGGGGGAGAGUCCCCAAGCUGCCGACGCGGUUGGACUGAGCCGAGCUGUAUGGGAGGAGCUUGGGCUUUAAUGCACCAUAAGGCUCCAGCAGCCAACAGCCGCCGCCGCACGAGCUUCUCUUCAGCCGCCUCCUGCAGCGGCCCCUCUCCCUGAGCCCGCGGCUGCGAGCGGGGCGAACCCCGCGGUGCCUGCCGACCCAGCCGCCAGCCUUGCCCCGCUAGGGAAACACCCAGCAGGGCCGCAGCUCUGCAAGGUUACCCCCUCCCAAAAAAAAACCCCGGAGCCGCGAGCUUUGCAGAAGCGGACACCAUUUUGUGGCUAGCGGCUUCCUGACUGGGCGAGCCGGGGACUGCUGCAUGCGGAAGGGAGCUCGCCCGGCGCCAGGGGAACCUGUUGGGCACCGCCAGAGCAGCGCUCGCAGCCCAGCCCAGCCCAGCUGCGGCACUUCGCACUGGAGCGGGGGCUUGCGGCAGCCUCACUGCAAUUCGCCCGGCUGCAGCAGCCGCCGCCGUCCCUGAGAGGAGGAGGGAAUUUGGACCUGGUGCUGCAACAGCAACCGCCCCCCGGGGUGGUGUAGGAGCCCGGGGUUUGCACCGUGUGCAUCGCCGUCCCUGGGCGGAGAAGGCGAUCUGGACCUUUGCUGCAGCCGGAGGAGGUGAAAGCUUGCUCGGGUGGUACCCCCGCCUCCCCCGUAGGGUAGGACCAUGCUGUGCUCGAUGCAACUCCCCUGCCCUCCUCUCCGCUGAGCCUGGCCGUGUUGGGGCGAUGAUGGAUACUUGCCUGCUUGUUCUCACUUCUCACGAAAGUAAGCCUGCUGUAAAUGGAGGAGGACAUUGAUACCCGCAAGAUAAACAACAGUUUCCUGCGCGACCACAGCUAUGCAACAGAAGCUGACAUUAUCUCUACAGUAGAAUUCAACCACACAGGAGAAUUACUAGCGACAGGGGACAAGGGGGGUCGGGUUGUAAUAUUUCAACGUGAGCAGGAGAGUAAAAAUCAGCCCCAUCGUAGGGGAGAAUACAAUGUUUACAGCACGUUCCAGAGCCAUGAACCCGAGUUCGAUUACCUGAAGAGUUUAGAGAUAGAGGAGAAGAUCAAUAAAAUACGAUGGCUCCCGCAGCAAAAUGCAGCCUACUUCCUUCUCUCCACCAAUGAUAAAACUGUGAAGCUAUGGAAAGUUAGUGAACGAGAUAAAAGACCAGAGGGCUAUAAUCUUAAAGAUGAAGAUGGCCGCCUCCGAGACCCCUCCAUGAUUACAAUGCUACGGGUCCCUGUACUAAGGCCCAUGGAUCUAAUGGUGGAGGCCACACCCCGAAGAGUAUUUGCCAAUGCGCACACAUAUCACAUCAACUCCAUAUCCGUAAAUAGUGACUAUGAAACCUACAUGUCAGCUGACGACCUGAGGAUAAACUUAUGGAACUUUGAAAUAACCAAUCAAAGUUUUAAUAUCGUAGAUAUAAAGCCAGCCAACAUGGAGGAGCUAACGGAGGUGAUCACUGCGGCAGAAUUCCAUCCACACCACUGCAACACCUUUGUGUACAGUAGCAGCAAAGGGACAAUAAGGCUAUGUGACAUGCGGGCAUCUGCCCUUUGUGACAGACACUCCAAAUUUUUUGAAGAGCCUGAAGACCCAAGUAACAGAUCAUUUUUUUCUGAGAUCAUCUCCUCAAUUUCUGAUGUUAAAUUCAGUCACAGUGGAAGGUAUAUCAUGACCAGGGACUAUCUCACCGUCAAAGUAUGGGACCUGAACAUGGAGAACAGGCCUAUUGAGACAUACCAGGUACACGAUUACCUCCGAAGCAAGCUGUGCUCGCUCUAUGAGAAUGACUGCAUCUUCGAUAAAUUUGAAUGUGUGUGGAAUGGGUCUGACAGUGUCAUAAUGACCGGCUCCUACAACAAUUUCUUCAGAAUGUUUGACCGCAACACCAAGCGUGACGUAACCCUGGAGGCCUCUAGGGAAAACAGCAAACCCCGGGCCAUACUCAAGCCCCGCAAAGUGUGCGUUGGGGGCAAACGGAGGAAAGACGAAAUUAGCGUGGACAGUCUGGACUUCAGCAAAAAGAUCUUGCAUACAGCUUGGCAUCCUUCAGAAAAUAUCAUUGCAGUGGCCGCAACAAAUAACCUGUAUAUAUUCCAGGACAAGGUUAACUAGGAGGACAAGUUAUUCUUUAGGAAUCUCAUGUACAGAAUAUUAGUAAACACAAGUUUUAAAAUGUU